AUGCCCAAGUUUUACUGUGACUACUGCAAUACAUACCUCACCCAUGACUCUCCAUCUGUGAGAGAGACACACUGCAGUGGUAGGAAACACAAAGAGAAUGAGAAAGACUACUAUCAGAAAUGGAUGGAAGAGCAGGCUCAGAGCCUGAUUGACAAGACAACGGCUGCAUUUCAACAGGGAAAGAUACCUCCUACUCCAUUUUCUGCUCCUCCUCCUGCAGGGGUGAUGAUCCCACCUCCCCCCAUUCACCCGGGCCCUCCUCGCCCUGUUAUGAUGCCAGCAUCCCAUAUGGGGGGCCCUCCCAUGAUGCCAGUGAUGGGCCCUCCUCCUGCUAGGAUGAUGCCAGUGGGACCUGCUCCUGGAAUGAGGCCGCCCAUGGGAGGUCACAUGCCAAUGAUGCCUGGACCCCUAAUGAUGAGACCUCCUGCCAGUCCCAUCUUGGCACCCACUUGGCCAGGAAUGACCCGACCAUUCAGAUAA